AUGGAGCAAGGGUUUCCUGGACAACACACUACAACAACGACGACGACGAGUACGUCAACGUUUCAGCAAAAUUUGAGAAUGGAUCUUUCAUAUAUAAGAACAUUCCCUGGAAUGUUAAAAAUUGGACGAAUGGUAUUGGAUUUAUUGGGAUUCAUAUGUGUAUCAGUUUCCAGUUACGUACAAUCAAGUCGUGGAGCAUGGUUUAAUACAGUUGCAAUGAUAGGAUUUUGGUGUACUGGAACUCUUUUAGCUCUUUUCAUAUUCCACGUAAUUGAAAAAUUCCACAAGAUACCAUGGACCACUAUUGAAUUAAUUUUCUGCGCUAUAAUGACCCCGUGUUACCUACUAGCAGCAUCUCUGGCUGCUGACUCAGGACGAGCUAUUGAAGGAUUCCGAGCUGCAGCCUUUUUUGGAUUUUGCGCUAUGCUAUGCUAUGGUUAUGACGCUUGGCUCAAAUUUCGAGCUCGCCGAAGUGGAAUUCCAGCUCAAGGUCAACAUGAAUCCCAAAAACAAGUGUCGACAGUAACAAGCCCGGCUUAUUAA